AUGUUUUUUAAAGCCGGUUACAAAAUCAACGAUAAAUAUAUUACUAAAGGAGCUCUAGCGGCAACUUUAAUCACAGUAUUCUUUGCAACAUUGUGUCUUACAAUCAUCACAGCCUCAGAUAAUGAUACAAGAGUAAUUGAAAUACUUCCUUCCAUUCUAGGAGCGUUAGUAUUUUUGGGAAGUGUUUAUUUGGUAAACGUAAUUAAAUCGCAAGUCAGAAGAAUAAUAAAUGAUUACAAUCUAAAUAGGAGAAUCUCCCUUAAAAAGGUGUCUGUAGGCUCUGCCUUAGCUGCUUUGGACAGGGAACUUCACAGAAAACAGAAAAAUUCAGUGAAUACCGCAGCCAACACAUAUGAUCGCAUAAAGUUAUGGUACAGCUAUUCCAAAUUGUCUUUGACCUGUAUGUUGAAAAAUGCCGGUGUUUCUUUGAUAAUUUGGGAUUUUUUAAAACUAUCUCUUUGGCUAAUAACACUAACGUAUUGGAGAAGAGAUGCCAUAUAUGAUAAAUGGGAUUAUUCCCUUGUGCCGAAGAUUUUAUAUCCACUCCAUUUCUUCAGUAUUUCAGCCGUAAGAACAUAUUUAUUAUAA